UCAAGUCAUUCAGAUAACCAUAACUUCGUGUCGAAAAUUCAUUGCUCAUAUCUUUCAGAUGUAAUGUCAUAACAUUUAAUAAUAACAAUACUAACUAAUUUAUUAGACUUAUUGCUUAAUUGAUGAUAAGUAAUAAUUGUAUCAAUAUGAUUAGUGAGUAAAAUAAAAAUAAUAACGACGAUUAAAUGAAAUAUAUUUAAUAAAGUAUUUAUCGAUGAAAUAUUGCCGUGUCAAAUGUAGUGGGUGGUUAUAAAACGAAAGUGCCAAAGAAUAAAACUAUAUUUAUUUGAUUCAUUACAUGAUUCAUUAGUUUAAUAUAUUGAAUUUAAUACAACGUAAUUAUUUUUUAUAAUUAAGUAAAAAAAAAAAAUAAUAUCAAUUUUGUUUGGAUAGGUUAAUUUUUAUUUGGUGAAACAAUGUGAUUAUAAUUAAGUUUGAAUACUUAUUUGCUUACGAUAAUUGACGUAAUUGAAUGAAUUAGUGAAUUAGCAUUGAUGUCAAUGAUGAGUAAAAUGACUUUACUUUCUUUAAAUAAAUCCAUUUUAAGUCCAGUUUUGAAUAGAUUGUUUUUUAAAAUUAAUACGUUUCAUCGGUUUACGUGAAGAUUUUUGAGUAAGAAAUCAGUAAAGAGCUAAAAAAUGUCUGCUAUGAAAUUAAGUAUGCAAGAUAAAAAGGAUUUAGAUAAAUUUAUGAAAUUUUUGGCUUUCAAAACUGCCCAAAUAUUAGUGCAGUCAAGAUCUGGUGAAAAAGUUAUCACUAAAUGUAAACCAGACUCAUCAGGUGCUGACUGGUUUAAUUUGGCAGUUCAUGAUCUUCCUGAAGUCUUAGCAGAAGCCAAAAAAGUACUGUGUGGUGAAGCAAUAAGUUCUUCGAUACCAUUGUGUAUCGAAAUAUCAUUAAGGACAGUAGAAGGCGACACGAUGGUCCUAGAAACAUGGAGUUUGGGUGUUUUACCUGAACAAAGUGAUCCUACUAUAAGAGUUACCUACACCGUUUAUAAUAGAAUGGGAAUUUUACUUAAAUCAUUACUUUCGAUAUCACGAGUUACGCCUGCUUAUAAAUUAAGUCGCAGACAAGGACCAGAUUCGUAUGUUAUUUGUUAUAGAAUUUAUAUGGGUGAACCGCAGCUUCAUACAUUAGGAGAUAAUUAUAAACACAUAAGAGUUGGUCAACUUUGUACUCCUGUUGGUACAAUUCAUUUAUCAGUAUCCUAUCGGACUAAAAUGACGAUAUCACCCACGCACACAAGCCGAGAUUCUAUAAUGCUCAAAAGUGAUCACUUUCACUCGGAUCUUAGUCCAAGACACGCUAGAUAUCAGCAGAGUGAAGAAAUAUCAAAAUCAUUAAGUGAUACAAUUAAAGUGGGGGCCUUUGUUGUUAAUAAGCAAGUUGUUGUCAAUGAACAAGACUUAGUUAUACCGGAUGUACCGUUUAGUUCAUUAUUAACUCCUAGACAAACAUCACCACCUCUUGGUCUUAUACCUGACAUAUCAAAUCCUCCAACAUCAACGACUGCUACCGCAACAUCUGUUUCUGCUUUAACUACUGGUACGGCUGCUGGUUCGGUUAUCACAAGUACCCCAUUGAGUAGUGUUGUUGGAGCUACUUUGGAUACCAACAACGGAAAUAAUGAUAAGUCAUCGGCGAUUGACAAUGCUACGUCUAAGUGUAAUUCGAGAAAUGGAUCAAGACGGAGUAGCUGUUCCAUUACCAGCGCUAACGACGAUUUCAUUAUGGUAGACUUGAAAACUCCUUUUGCUGGCACUAAUACAAAUAGCGAUUUGGGUACUUUUUAUCGUGAAUGCCAGAGUGCACCGCAACUUCAAGCAUUCUUGGAAGAAGAAAGAACAUUAGCUGAACAAGUCGGUGAUCUUACUAAACAAUUAGAGACAUUUGAAAUUAAUCAGCAAAAGUAUAAGGAUAUUCUUACAACAUUGUGUCAAACUGAUAAUAAUAAUCAGUAAUGAAUGUGUGGAAUAUAUAUACACAUAGUAGAUUAUUUAGAUAUUUAAUUAUUUGUA